CACACGCAUCAUGGAUCCAUGGCAAAGCUACGCUUGAUUUGGUGAGCUGGAAUAAUAACUGCUUCAAUUUUAUGUUCAACAUUGGAGCGCAAACAUCUUGAAAGAAAAAUGUAACCUGAGCAACUACUCCUCCUCAACUCUUUAUUUUUGUGGAUAUAUUUUAUUAUUUUAGACACUAAAAUGGGUAACGGUGCAGGGACAAUGGGUCAAAGUGGCCUUACUCUUCCUGCAGGAAAUCGCAAGUUCAUAACAUGGCAAAAAUUAAAACCCAUGAAAUUGUCCCACAUUGCUAUGAUUCGCAUGCAAGGCGGAUCAGGAAACCGACUCUGGAAUACCGACCGCAGGGAACGGGAACCAUGGAAAACGAUCCUCAAUGAAGCGAGAGAUAAAUUUGAAAUAGAACGUGAGAGAAUUCAAGAUGCUAUGAAUGACGGGGAGGCUUCGGCGGAGUUUCUCUCAGCCAUGCGUGGGGAAGUCGCACCAGCACACCUCAAAAGAAACGCCCGUGAGGUGUGGGUUUUCAUCAGUUCUACUUUCACUGACAUGAAGCUGGAGAGGAACCUUCUGAUGGAGGAUGUGUACCCCUAUGUUAGAGAUUACACACGGCAGAUUGGGAUGGAGUUCAAUGCUGUAGACAUGAGAUGGGGUAUACGACAGACAGUGUGUGAUGCUCACAUGGCCAGUGAUAUAUGCCUAGAGGAGGUAGCUAGAUGCAGGGAAAACUCAGUUGGACCGUUUUUUGUGUGUAUCCUGGGUCAGAAAUAUGGUUUCCGUCCAAUCCAGUAUCGCAUCCCACAAGUUAUACUAGAGCCAUUGAUUGAAUACAUGCGACAAAAAGCUGAUACAGACAAACAGCAAAGAGAAGCACUGAAACACAUCAGACAAUGGUUUCUUCUGGACACAAAUUCUAUCGAAGCAGAAUAUGUACUGCAGCCCAUCACAUGGAAAUUUCCCAACCAGAAAAAUGAUGCUAAACAGAGAGACGAUUGGUGGACUUUAUUCACAACAAUGAGAAGUGCCAUCUUUGCUGCCGUCAAGAACAUGUCUUUAAACCCCAAAAUCAAAGAGGAAAUCUUACGCUCGAUAACAGAGGGUGAAAUCUCAGAGGCAAUCGAGGGGAAUCAUGAGACGGACCACAACCGUUUUCAUUUUUUCAAGAGGAAUUUCACCAACUUUGACUUGAAGAAUACGGGGACUCAGUACUACAUUGAUCAGGCAGACGGGCAGUUGGACAGCGAGGCUCAGAUGAAACUUGAGAAUCUCAUGACGAACAUCAGUGACACCAUAAGUGCAGAUCGAAUUCAGAAGUACAGUCUCCGGUUUUACCCAGAUAGUGAUGCCAUGUACAACGAUAGUCAAAAUAGAGAAAAGCUGAAAAGUUUCCUGGAUAAUUUCUGUGAUUAUCUUGUGAAAUCCGUCCACAAAGGUGCCUUAUCUUUGAUGAGUUCAAUGGAUAACCCUCUGUUCUCAGAAGUGAUCAGUCAUAGUAUAUUCUGCCGUGAGAGAGCAGACCUGUUUGCUGGACGAGAGAACCUCAUCAGGGGCAUUAGUGCUUACUUGAAACUACCACAUGGAUUAAGGCCAUUUGUGGUUCAUGGUUGUGGUGGAUGUGGCAAGACAUCACUGCUAGCCAAAGUGAUUAGUCAGUCUCUUGAUUCAUGGGAAGGCUGUAAUGUUGGAAGACCAAUCCAUGUCAUGCGCUUCAUUGCUAUCACACCAAACUCCUCCAACAUUAGAGAUCUACUGUACUUCAUCUGCUUACAGCUGAGUUAUUGCUUGAAUCUUGACCUUUCUAAAGUGCCAACAGAGUACAAACUACUCACAAGAAGAUUUGUGGAGCUGCUCGGCAAAGCUACUGCAGAGAAACCUAUCAUGAUCUUCCUUGAUUCGCUGGAUCAGCUGACCAAUGAGAAUGAAGGUCGUGACCUCCAUUGGCUUUGUCCUGUGCUCCCAAAACAUGUUCAUCUCAUCGUUACUAUACGACCCAGUGCUGGGGGUGCCCUUUCUGCAAUGAGAAACUUAGUGAAGAAUGAGGAUUCCUACUUUGAGAUAGUGAGACUAGAUGAGCAAGACCAGCAUCAUAUCAUUGAUUUAAUGUUAAGUAAAUCAGGCAGGAGUCUAACCCCAGACCAGAAGCAAAUUGUGCUGCAUGCCCACCAUGAUGAAACUCCAACACCCCUCUUCAUGCGUUUGGCUUGUGACAUUGCAAAGAAGUGGAAGUCCUACACACCGCUGAAAGAAUGCAAACUUGCUGAUAGCACACCAGGACUUAUUGAACAGCUUUUCAACGAGCUAGAGGUGAAGCAUGGUGAGAUAUUUGUUCGCCAUGCUUUGGGCUACCUUACUGCAUCUGCCACAGGGCUGUCAGCCAAUGAACUGAUUGACGUGCUGUCAUGUGAUGACGUAGUCCUGGAUGACGUCUUUGAGUUUCAUAUCCCACCAAUCAGACGAUUGCCUCCUCUGCUGUGGACUAGACUGCGGCUAGACUUAGGUGACUACUUAGUGGAAGGAGGUGUGGAUAAUGUUGUGGUCUACCGUUGGUAUCACAGACUAUUCUAUGAGAAAGCUCGGCAGCUAUAUCUGAGUGAUUCAGCAGCACUACUACACCAAGCUCUUGCUAUGUACUUCCUUGGAAGGUGGGCUGAUACCCCAAAGCCCUACAGGGAGAAAGGUUCAGGUAACAUGGCAGUGACCCACCGUGGUGUUCAGUCUCAACCCUUGGUGAUAAGUUCAGGAUCAGCAACACGUCAUAACUCUGUGGCAGACAUUGAUAGUCUCAAGACCUCAAAGUCUCCUAAGAAGAUACACUGGAACCUUAGGAAACUAACGGAGCUACCACGCCACAUCAUCCGUGGAAACUUGUGGGAAGAUGCAGAUAGGGAAAUGUGUGCAAUACCGUGGCUGGAGGCUAAGUGCAGGACUGGGCGUAUUUAUAAACUUCUUCUAGAGUUGGCUGAGGCUGCUGAUAAGUGUGAGUUUGGGGGUAAAUUGAAGGACUUUUACCGCAUGGUACGUUCCAAUGCUUCUAUGAUCCAGAAAUACCCACAGCUGAUUUGUCAACAAGCAUUAAAUGAACCUGAUUCAUCGUCUUGCUCUGCAUAUGCCAAGGACUAUCUGACUGUUCAUGGAAAAAAUAUGUUUACUUGGUUAGACUUGUCCAAGGAGCAGUGUCACGGGGCAGAGAUCAUGACAUUGACCCAUACAGCUCCUGUUGCCCUGUGUCAAUUCUCCAAGAAUUGCAAGUAUUUGGCAACUUUCUGCCAAGAUAACACCAUCAGAGUUUGGCGGGUUGCAAGUGGAGCCCUAGAAGUAACAGUUGAAGGUGAGCCAAUCAAGAUGGAGUUUGCAGGUCAUUGUUAUUGGCUGGCUGUUCUAGAAAAGACUGGAGUAAAACUCUUGGGUCUCGGACAGGGAGGAUAUGCUAAAGGUAAGUUUUCCGUUAAUAUUCCUUUGGAGAUCGACACCCAAGUGACUGUCUUUAUACCCAAGACUAACAGACAUAUCUACAUAGUGACUUUUGGUCGUCUCUAUGUCUACGGCACUCACGAUGGAAAGCUGAUCCAAAGAAAAGAACUCAAGUGUCGCCCAAAAGCAGUCACCUUCAUGCCAAGUGGUAAGAUGAUAGCCAUUGCAUACAAGGAUGUUUAUCUAUGGGACAUUGCCAAAGAGACAGACACCAAACAUUUUGAAACUGAAAAUCUUAAAGCGCAGUUGAACAACACCAGUCUACGCUUUUCCCAAGAUGGCCGCAAACUGCUGGGGGUGCUUCCAAACGGCACAUAUCGCUGGGUUGUUAAGGGGAACAAGACCAAAACUGAGGGCCAUAAAUUGUCCCUACACAGCCAGGGAGCCACUAAUGUCAUCUCUCAUAACUUGGAGUUCAUUGCUAAUUUGGUUGGGGACAGUGAUUUAAAGGUACUGCGUCUCUACCCUACCGUGGAAUGGUGCUUGUUACAGGGCCACAUCGGGCCUGUCUUGUCAGCAGACUUUGGAGAGACGAUGAGUGACGAUUUGUUGCUUGCUACAGGGAGUCAAGACAAAUCUGUUAGGAUCUGGGACACAGCUAAUAUGACUGGAAGCGUCACUGAUAAAGAUCUGAAUCAUGAUGGGCCUGUUCAGAGCUGUGUGUAUUCAUCAGACGGUCGUCAUGCUGUGACUUCAUGUGAACAAAAUGAGGACCACUGGUUAUGGAGCGUCACUAAAACACCACCUGAUGUAGCACUCCAACUUCGAUCUGGAGAAUCUUGCAGACCUGGGAAACUGUUAUGUAUGUCUGAUGAUUUUGUGGCCAGCUGUUGUAAUGGAAGUGAUUUUGACAUCUGGAAUAUUAACAGCCCCCGUCUUGCUAUAAACAACAGAGUCAUCAAGGGAAUGCACAGGCUGAUUCCCUAUGUGAACCCACACUACAUCUUCACUAUUUUCCGAGAGGCGCUUUUGACUUGCUUUACCACCUCCAACCGUCCAGGCAUGUUGUACCUGUAUGAGGUGUUGCCAGAAAGGGCCAUCCAGGAUUGGAAACUUAACCCACUUAUCGUACCAGGCAUCCAGGACUAUCCCCAAGAUGUGAAGGAGUUCAAGCAUAGUCCAGAUUUAUUGAUUACUUCUGCCGCCCUUGAUGCAGAAAGCACUAUGCUGGUCACUCUCUCCUUCCAAAUGACUGAUGAACAGAAGAGAGCAUCUAUUAUCAAAUUUGACAAGUUGGAAUUCUACCGGUCCUCAGCACUGCUCCAACUAUGGGAUGUCCACCGCCAACGCGUCCUGAGGAAGUUCAAUAUGCCAACUUCUGAAUGUCGAUUACACCAAGUUGAAUUUUUAAUGGAUAAAUGUGUGGUGUUUUAUCAGAGAUGUAGCAGGCGCACCGAUGCCUCCAUGAAAACCAGACAAAUGCUUCGCGGGAAAGGUCACCAAUCUGAGGAAAAAACCUUUAGUGGUGUCAUUGAUGUCUUCAACAAGCAUCUUGAGGGUCCAUUAGAGACAAUAAGUAUGCCUGGGUCUUACAGUGGGAUACUGGCCCCAGCACAGGGCUACAUCAACCCAAACAAACCUCUCUUAAAACAGUUAGAAGGAGUCAUUGCAAAUCACAUCUCUGAUGGUGCAUUGCAUUCCUCAAAGGUAGGCUUGAAUCAACCUGUAGGGACUUUUAUGCUACCACUAGCCAAAGUGACAUCCUUUGAUUUCUCACCUGAUAAUCAAAGUGCUAUGGUUGGGUUUGACACCGGCUAUGUCCACUUCCUCAGGAUGUAUAAUGCAGUUGGAAAUAAUUAUUACAAAUAAGUCAACACAAAAAUGUUUUCCACUCAAAUUUCCAUGUCAAAUUUACUUUGUUGUCUAAAAGUACAAUCUCUUUAAAGAUUCUGAAUUAUCUUUAAUGAUUGAAGCAAAUGGCAGUGCUUUAGAUUGUACUCUUUAUUAGCUCAAAGAGCUCCUCUUCUCUUGCAAUUGAACAAAUUUCCGGCGCUUAUAUUGUCAGAAAAUGUCAAGCUAGUUCACAUUCAUAAUAUUGCAAUUCACCCCAACAAUGAAGCAGCUAUAAAAACUUAGUUGUAUUUUGGGCAUUAAUCAUCUACUACCGGUACUUGUAUUGAUAUAUAAAUAUUUAUUUGUAAUGUAAAAAAUGAAAGAAAUACCAAAGUGUUGUCACUCAAGUUUAAUACAAGUUAAUGACAUUAUAAGUGCACUUACAUUAUUUAUCAAGUAUUUAAUAUUGAUCAUAGUGGCUUGUUUUUUUUACUUAUUGUUUUGUACAGUUUAUGAUUUGCUCUGCUUUCUUUCUUGUGUGCUAUGGUUUCUUGUGUACAUUUACUUGGUUUUGAAUUCAUCAUGAUGACAAUGAUCAGGGAAUAUUGAAAUGUACAGGUGUUUAAUGUUAAUGUAUUAAUGAUAAAGUAUUUUGAAUAGAUUUUCAGUAAGGUAUUGGUACUUGUCAAAAAUGUAGGAAUAUGUAAGCCACUCUUCUAGGUACCCAAAUGUCUUGACAUGAGAUCAGCUUCGCCCAAUUUGUUUGAGCUUCUUAAUAAGAAAAUAUUGGCUAAGAGAAACGAGAAAAGAUCAGUCAUAGAUGAACAUGCAAAAUGCAAUUUUGGCAGCCAUUUUUAUUCUGGCAAGCAUAAUUUUGUUGUGUACAGGAAAUGAGCAGCCAUUCAUUUUUUACAAUUCAGUGUAAUACUAGCUUAUUUUAAAGGGAAUCAUGUUACUAAUUUUAUCUUGAUUUUUUUUUCAAGGGGAAUAAUUAUCAGGUAAAAGCCAUGAAUUCUUAGAAAAAAAUACAUUGUUUGUUGUAUAUAAAAUGUUGUCAUUGCUUUACACUAUUUUUUUUCUUUCACAAAUAUUAUCUUCACGUCACAGGGUCAAUAAACUUGUAUUAGUAUCAUAUACCAUGCAUGCCUGGGCUUCACUAGCAGGAACAAUGCAUCUGGGAUUGGGCCAUUUCCAGUAAAAGCAUAAAAUAUUCUUGGGAUUAUUUUAAUUACCUGUUCAAUAAACACCGUUUAAAAAUGUUGACUGGAUUUGGUCUCACUCUCUGAGCAAAACUACUUCUUUAGAAAUUCACCCUAAUUAUUUUGUCAUAUACUUUUUCUAACUUGCCUUUAUCUUUUGCAUGCCAUUAUCGUGACAAAAACCACAUGUAGAGUGUGGGUUGUGUGUGUUUAACUAACUGAGGCCUUAUUGUUAAUCAGUAUUCAUUAAAAUGUUAUUUUGUAUAUAUAAUGUCUAUCUGUAUAACAGUAAUACGUUUGCUUUAUACACCAUGAGAAAAUCUCUUGGAGUUUUGAGUAGUGUUUGUCCUGAAGAUGAUCAUAAAACACUGAUCGACCUCAUUGAGUUGUCAUUGAUUUAUUUCCAGGACCAACACUACUCGAAAGUGAUUUUCACACAAAUAAAAAAAUCUAAGAAUGUUCCCUGGUUUUUCAAGACUGUAUGUUACAAAGACUUCAAGGUCACAUUACAAUUUUUAGUACUGCUUGAAAUGAUCAAGUUUGUGUUGUUCAAUAUGAAUUGAAAUGUGCUAAAUUGCGAUAUUCUAAAAUCCGUCCAUUCUUUUUUUAAAUGUAUUUUUAGUUUUUGUAGUACUGGUUGCAACAAUCAUGUUUGGGGUGUUCAAUACGAAACAGAGAUACUCAAAAUUGUGAGGUUUGAAAUCUUUAGUAUAAAGAAUUGAAUAUUUAUUAUUUUUACAGAGGGGACAAUUUUUUAUGUGUAGUGAUAUUGAAUAAUUUCUUUAGGAUUGUACCAAUUGUGCAAGUAUACUAUAAAGAAAUGUGUCCCACCAUCACUAAAUUUCUAUUUCUCUUUUACAUUUUAAACUCUUUUUUAAGAUUACAA